AUGUAUCAAAGCGGAAACAAAAUGCUUCAAAUUAAAUACAAACAUAAAAAAGAAAGGUCUCCAGAGUCGCUUUUUUGUUUAUGUCUAAAGUAUAUUGCGUGCAAUUUGGACGUGAUCUGCAAAAAUACACUAACAGGAUAUAAAUUGAAUCCAGGAUAUAAAUUACCAAGUGUCUUAUGUGACCCGUUUCUUAAGAUUUACCAAAACAAUGGUGGACAAAUAUCAGAUUGUUUUCUACAUUUAUUUAAAGAUAUUACAACGACUAAACUUACAUCGGUUCAUAUAGAUAGUUCGAAUAUUACGGACGACGGUUUUACAUACCUGCUACGCCAUAAUUUGGAAAAUAUUUCAAUUAUCAACUGUCAGAAUCUCUCGCAAGUAACCUAUUUGAAUAUAUUCAAGCAAUGUGUUAACCUACGGUCAUUAACUAUUCGUUUCAAUAUACAAUCAACCACUUUCAAUGAGCUGUUCAACUGUUCAUUAACUUUUGAUGGUUCCAAAAUAAUACAUAGACCGAAUCCUAAUCUUAAACAUUUAGUAUUAUCGUUAAUUCCAGAUUCGCCUUUCAUUAAGAAUAAUAUAUUUCUGAAGUCUGUGUUUGACAAUUAUUUAGAGCUUAGAAUAUUGGAUCUCUCAUAUUGUUUGGAUGUUGGCAGUCUUCAAGACAUAAGUAAACUUCAGUACUUACAUACAUUGAUACUUUUCGAUGUGCCUCGUUUGCAAAACUAUUAUGAAGCAAUACUCAAUAUCUGUACACUGACAUCUCUUGUGUAAGUAUUAUAUCAUACAAAUGUAUUUAAUAAUGUCAAUUUAAUAUUUAAAAACUGUGUGUGUCCAGUGUUUUAGAUAUGUCUCAAACAAACUGGUCUCCAGAAGCAGGUUUUUACAAAGAUGGAAACAAAACGUUGGCACGUAUUGUGAAAAGUCUACCAAAUCUCAUGUAUUUAGAUAUUUCUGGAACAAACUUAGCUGGAAGAGGCAAGUUUCUUGAUGGUUACUUGUUAAUUAUUUUCAAAUGUUUUCAUGUAUCUUCACUGAUAUAGGUACUGCUGAAAAUUCUCCCAGUCAGUCAUCCAGUGACAAGAAGUCAGAUAUUCCUGGUUUAGAAAACCGAGUGGAUAAUCCUUUAGAAUUUUUAGGUUUAUACAAUACCAUGUAUAAUGCUUGUCGGCGACAUAAUAUUCCUGCAAAAAUUGUAAUAAUUCUUAAAUAUAUGUACUUAUUAUUUAAUUAAAAAAAAAAUGAUUUACUAAUGUAUAAAGUUGUGUUUGUUUACUUUUCAUAGAUUAGUGGUAAUGCUGAUGAAAUACAACUAUUCAAUGCUGCUGCCUCAUGUAUGAAUAAACCAAAACUACUCUAUCACAUUUUAAAUGAUCUUUUUCGCCUGCUGGAAAAUGUUGAGUGUACUCGGCUAGACCAUGCACUAGAUCUAGUAUUAGAAGUUCUUACUAGAAAUGUGAGAGAUAGAAUAAUUCAAAUUAAUGGGAGGUCAGUAUUCACCAAUACAUUUAACUAUAUGUAUUUAUUGUUAAAUGUUUAAUUAACAAUAUUUUAGUGCCAUUCUGUACUCUAUUAUAAAAGAGGAUCCAUCGUUACUAAACAAUAUAACAGUUAAAGGAAAUAUCAUUAAUACAUUAAUAACUGGGAUGGAAUUUAAUAACUAUGAAGAAACAGUGAUCCGUAAUGGAUGUUUGACUUUGUAUCAAUUGCGUAUAUCUCCGGUUAUGGUAUUUAUCAACAAAUAUUAUUGUUAUAAAAAGAAAUUUUUGUCUAAAUGGCAAUGAUAAUUUCAAAAACCUCUUAAAGGGAUAUUGAUUGUUUUUAUUGUUAUGAUUUGCAAUUUUUGAAGAAGGUUUAUGUUUAUACCCUUCCUCCCAAUUAAAAUCUUAAAAAGUAGUUGAUUGUUUAUUUUUUGUCAUAUAGUUAGACAUUUUAUUUUUUUAUUUUCGAGUGACAAUGAAUCAAAAAGAAACAGUUAUUUUGGACAAAACAGUUUCUUUUGGAAACCAAAUAUAUGUAUUAAAGGAGCAUUUAAUUUGUUAUAGUUAAGGCCAUGUGGGAUCACUAAUAUAAAUAUUGGUAUAAUAUGUUUUUUUUAAUUUCUAUUUUUAAUCAAUUAUUUGAAAAAAAUGGCAUUGCUCAUAUUUAAUACAUACUGUUGUUUUUAACUUGCAAGUAACAUGAAAUAUUUUGAUCCUUGAUUUUAUAAUUAUAAUUUAGGAUUUAAAUAACACUCAUAUAUUGUCACAUUUUCAAAUGUAAAUCAUUUUGUUACACAUGAUGCUCAUGUCUACAUUAUUUUUAUUUUUUUGAUUACCAUAUAAAUUGUUCUUAAUACUGAUUGGUCAGAUAGUUUUAUUUGUUGGGCACAUUUUUAUAGCUGAACAAUAAAUUAAACAUACAGAUCAAAUUUAUUAAAAAAUUUUAAAGUAUGUGAGGUAAAACUAUAUAGUACAAAAAUAAAUAUUUUCUUCCCUUGGGCAUUGGUUUAAAUAAUGUAUAAAUAAUUAUAAAAUUUUUAGUAUUAUGAUUAAUUAAUAUUGUAUUUAUGGGUUGAAAAAAAAUUGGUUAUGAUCCACUCAAUAACAUCACUGAACUAAAAUUUUUCUUCAUCUAAUUUUAUUAUAGAAAUAAUUUGUGUGAAAAAUAAAUAACCAAAUCCUUUAAUAUUACAUUAUAUAUUAUAAUAAACAAUUUCAAAAAAAAAAAAAAAAAAUCAUUACCAAAACUCUCCAAUUGGAUAACUUUAGCAUCAUUUAGGGGAAGGGAUGCAGAAAUGUCCAAAGACUGAAAAACUUCCUUCAACAAUAUACUAAAAUAAAUACUAAAAUUUUAUCAUUUCAAAGAGUUUUCAGGAAUUUCAAUUCAGUGAAACCACUAUCUAUUUCAAAUUUUCAAAUUGUAACAUUUAUUAAAAAUUAUAUAAAUAAAUGAAGUUUUGAUUUCAAUACAUUCUGUCAUUGAAAUUUUAAAUCUGUAAUAACUAAAACUUCAUCUUUUUAUGAAAUUUUGAAUAGUUUAUGUUUGAAAUCAAAAGUAAUUAGUGUUUCCAUCCCUAAAAAAAGUAACAAUGAUGAAAAAAAGUAACAAUUUAAAGCUACUUGUUACUUAAAUUGUCAAAAAAAAAAUCAAAUAAAUUUCAUAAAAUAGUUAAUACUUUUUGAGAUAAUAAGUAUCUUGUCAAGGAUUGAUUACUGUAAUAUAUUUUAUAGAAUUCUUAUUUUCAGAUAUUAGAAUUUAAUCGGUUGAUUCGGUUAUUGCUUCAUAUUUUGACUUUUAGUGUUAAUGAAGGAUUUGUUCAACAAAUUACUAUUCAUUUACUUAAUAUAAUUGUAGAACAAGUAAAUGAUAAACAAAGAAAUGAAAUCGGAGAUGCUGGUAUUACCGAGGUAAAGAAAUUAAGGAUAUUAAUUAGUAAUAAGUUAUUAUAAGUGGUAAUUUUUGUUUAAAAGUAUAAGUAAUUGACAUACUAUAAAACAAAAUGUAAUAUCUAAUUAAUCCAUUUUUAGUUGAUUAAAAAUAAAUAAAUAUUUAUUCUAACAAAAUAUACUUUAAUAUUAUAUAUUUAUUUAAACCUAUUUUUGUUUUUAAAUCUUAUUCUAUUGUCUAGGUUUGAAAAUAAAUCUAAAAUUAUGUUACAGACAUAUAAUCAUAGGAAAAAAUUGUAAAAUUUGUUGUUUAUAGAUUUCUUCUUUCCUAUCAUAUUGCUUAAUCUUUUUAUCUUUAUUAUUUAAUUAUCUUUCAAUGCCAAUUUUAAUUAACUUCUGUCUUUUAUUGUAAAUCAGUUUGAUAUUUGUUUAAUUAUAAUCCUAGACUAAGAAUUCAAAUUUAUAUUUUUGUAUAGAAACUGAUGGGAAUAAUUCAUGAUCGAUAUCGUCGUAGAGUGUUUGAUAAUGUUCUUGAGGUUGCUUGGUUGGCAAUUCUGAAUUUAACAAAGGGAUGUCCAAAAAAUUGUAAAAAGUUCCUUGAUGGACAUGGAGCAAAAUAUUUCAUAGAAUGCUUGACGGUAGAAAUAAUAAUAAUUGUAUGAUGUAUUUAUAAAAUUUAAAAUUCUGUUUGCUUUUUAGAUUUUUCCAGGUAAAAGUCAUAUGAUGCGAUUUAUGAUGGGUUCAUUAGGCAAUGUUGUUGAAGUAAAAGAACUUAGACCAAUGCUAAUGGAAGAUCAUAUAAUUAAAUUGUUUUAUGAUCUUUUGUUUUCAACUCAAGAGGUAAUUGUUGCAACAAUAAUUAUUAAAAUAUUUUCAUUGGUUUACUGUUUUUCUGUAUAGGUUAGUUUUCAUGCUGCUGGAAUUAUUGCAUAUUUAGCUUCAGAUGGUCAUGAAGCAUGGAUUAUAAAAAAGCCUGAAAGAUGUGAAGUAUUAGACCAUGUGACAAAAUGUAUACAAAAAUGGAACCUAGAUGAAUUAAAUAUUAAUUAUCGUAAUAUUAAGUCAAUAUUAGAGCUCGCUCAAGCGAGCCAUACACCUCAGUGUAUCUAUUGGGCAGUGUGGGCUUUAGCAAACCUCACUAGAGUUUACCGUAAGUAUAUUAUUUAAUUAUUUAAAUAUCUUCUUUUUUUUUGUGGUAUGCCAUCAAAUAAUAUAAUUUUGACAAACCUCUUUAUUCCUUUUUAAUCAUUUCAGUUAUUCCUCACUCGGCUCCAGGUCUUAGUUUCUUUGAAUAUUAUCUUCCCAUCACAAUUUUGGAUGAUCUAAAGGUUUCUUUCCCUGUGGAAUACCUUCAGUUUCUGAACCUAGUGAAUUAAUGAGUCUAACUUAUACCAUGUAUUUAUUCCACCUAUUCUAUCUAAAAUUAAUGGUUAAACAAAAAUAGUUCUAAGUUUUAAUUAUAUUGUUAUUGAUUUUAGCUGAUACAUACUGUUUGAUUGUGAUAGUCGAAAACGGUUUGAGAGUUAUGAGAGAAUUACUGGAAGAAGAUGAUCCCAUUAGUAAGAAUAAUGGACCCGGGGUAGUCCACAGCUUAGCUCAAACUGUCAUUGACCAAUGUAUGGUUUAUUUAAAUGAUGAAUAG